AUGAAGUACACUGCCAUCAUCGCUGCGCUCGGCGCCUCCACUGCCGUUCUGGCCACGCCUGCUGGCAAUGUCACCCCCAACACCAUGGCCGCUCUCGACAAGCGUGCCAGCUUCCCUAUUCCUUCUUCCAAGGGCUCCGUAACUUACUCCUCCGCCAAGACCAUUUCCGGAACCUUUGACGGUGGUUACAAGACCUACGGCCGUGGCGUCACCUGUACCGGCCAGGAGGAGGGCGAUGACAGCGACGCCGUCUUCAUCCUCAAGGACGGUGCCACCCUCAAGAAUGCCAUUAUUGGCAAGGACCAGAUCGAGGGUGUCCACUGCGAGGGCAGCUGCACCAUUGAGAACGUUUGGUGGUCGGCCGUUUGCGAGGACGCUCUGUCCCUCAAGGGUGACGGAAACGCCUCCAUCAAGGGCGGUGGUGCUACCGGAGCCGACGACAAGGUGAUCCAGCACAAUGGCGUGGGCACCGUGACCAUUGACGGCUUCACCGUCAUGGACUUUGGCAAGCUGUACCGGUCGUGCGGCAACUGCAAGAAGAUGGGCGAGCGCAACGUCGUCGUCAAGAACGUCAAGGCCUACAACGGCAAGACGCUCGUCGGCAUCAACUCAAACUACGGCGACGUGGCCACCAUCACCAACACGUGCGCCACCUCGGUCAAGAAGGUCUGCGUCGAGUACCAGGGCACCACGCCCGGCAACGAGCCCAAGGAGAUUAGCAGCGGCAUCUCGGACCACUGCGUCUACAAGACUCUGAGCUCUUGCUAG